AUGGGGAAUGAGUCCAGUUAUCCCUCGGAGAUGUGCUCCCACUUCGAUCACGAUGAGAUUAAAAGGCUGGGCAAGAGCUUCAAGAAGAUCGACUUGGACAAGUCUGGUGCGCUGAGCGUGGAUGAGUUCAUGUCCCUGCCCUACCUGCAGCAGAACCCGCUGGUGAAGCGAGUGAUCGAUGUCUUCGACACCGACGGUAAUGGCGAGGUAGACUUCCAGGAGUUCAUCGUGGGAACCUCCCAGUUCAGCGUCAAAGGAGACGAGGACCAGAAGUUGCGGUUCGCUUUCCGCAUCUACGACAUUGACAAAGAUGGCUUCAUUUCCAACGGGGAACUCUUCCAGGUGCUCAAGAUGAUGGUGGGGGACAACCUCAAGGACUGGCAGCUGCAGCAGCUCGUUGACAAAACAAUUAUCGUCCUGGAUAAAGAUGGCGAUGGGAAAAUAUCCUUUGAGGAAUUCUGCGCGGUGGUCAAAGGCAUGGAGAUCCACAAGAAGUUGGUAGUGGUUGUGUGA